GCCGGCGGCGUGCGUGGUGCCUGCGAGCGAGCGCGUGCGUCGCUGUGUGUGUGGUGCGUGCGCGCGCGCGCGGCUGCUUGGAGCUGCACGUGGCCACGUGUGAUCCACGUGGGGGCAUCCGGACGCGAGGAAGAGGAGCUAUGCACGUGCUGACCCUCGCCCCGACUCGGGGGGCAGCAGCAAGGGGCAGCAGCAGCUGCGGUGUCCACCCCCGAGGGUAGCCCACUGGGGCAGAUUUCUCCCCGAGGGCAGCGAGACAGCCACAGCAGCCGGAGCGAGACCCCCCCGGGAGAAGAGACGCGUGGAGAAAGGCAUUUAAGAGGGACGCCCGCGAGAGUGACUGCCGAAAGACAACCGCGGCUGUCGAGGGACGCCCAGGAGAGUUGACCAUCAAGAGAGGAGAGGACCGGGACUGUCAGGAUUCACAAUCGAGACAGCCCCGAAGAGACAGAUUGCCAAGGCAACUAGAGGGGCGGCUGCAACUUCCGUGAGACAGGAGACACUUUGGGAGAAAGACUUCGAGUCAAAGGAGAGUAAUUCUCAAGAUACACUUUCCAAGGGAGGUGCCUGGGAAAGUGACCGACUCAAGAGAGACACCCGGCGAGAAAGGGGGAAUAGUGCUCUCAAAGCACAUGCGGGAAUCCCAGUGAAGACACCUGUGGACACGUGCAACACACGGCAGCCAGGUGGACACCCCCCCCCCCCCCCUCCGGGGACACUCUUGGGAAGAGACUUCAAGAGAAACAACGGGAGAGCUGGCCCUGGGGGAGACCACACAGGGAGAGAGGCUCUGGGAGACAUCCAGUAAGAGACGCGCAGUAAGAGACUCACUCGGUGAGCGAUACGCAGAGAGAGGACACGCAGGGGGGUUCUUGUGUAGAGCCCUGUGGACAGACUCCCCCCCGCACGUGCAGGAAGUUUGUAUCGACUCAACGCGAGGUGGUGGUGGGGGGGUGGAGGGCAGACCGCCUCUGCCACCCCGCUGCUCAUCAAGCCCGCACACAGCCGCUUGAAUGUGCCGCCUUCUCGCCGCUGGGAUUUACUCGAGGAGGUGAGUGGAGGGAGGCGUUGUGGUGGCAGCUGAUGCUGCGGGUGACCACGAGGACGAACUUGCGGACGAUGCCGAUGGAGGCGAGGAACGGCGUUCCGGGGGCACUCGGGGAGGCUCUGUGCUCGCUGCUGGCCGCGGGAGUUUACGCGAACACGCUGGGCGCUGACUUCUGCUACGAUGACAGCCGAGCCAUUACGUCCAACCAGGACCUGCGUCCUGACGUGCCGUGGACGCGGGUGUUCUACGACGACUUCUGGGGGACGCCGCUGUCGCACAGCGGCAGCCACAAGUCGUUCCGGCCGCUCUGCACGCUCUCGUUCCGCCUCAACUUUGCGCUGGGCGGCCUGGACCCCUGGGGCUACCACCUGGCGAAUGUGCUGCUGCAUGCGGCCUGCACGGCUGUCUACACACGUCUGACCUGCACGCUGCUGCCACCCUUGCCCUGGGGCAUCCUUGCAGGCCUGCUGUUCGCGGUGCACCCAGUGCACACGGAGGCCGUGGCCGGUGUGGUGGGCCGCGCCGACGUGGGCGCCGGCCUCUUCUUCCUGCUCUCGCUUCUGGCCUACGCGCGCUACUGCCGCGCCCGGGAUGCGCAACCCAACGGCGAACACCACCAUCACCACAACGACCACCAUAACCACCACCAUAACCACCACCAUAACCAGCGCCACCACCGAACCAACGGAGUUCCACUGCCCCACACGGGCUGCCGUGACCGUUCACCCGUCACCGAAGCCGGAACUCAGGACGGCGCGGUCCCUUGCCGCGAGCGGCACACCAACGGGAACGCGCACGGGAGCCACGGGAACCACGCCAGCGCCGGGGUCGUCGGCGACGGCGGCAGCAGUGGCGGCGGCAGCAGCAGCCUGCGCAGGAGGAGGAGGUGGUGGCGCUGGGCAUGGCUGGGCUGCAGUCUGCUGUGCGCCGUGAGCAGCAUGCUGUGGAAGGAGCAGGGCGUGACGGUGCUGGCGGUGUGCGCCGUCUACGACGUGCUUGUGCACUCGCGUCUCGCCCUCGGCGAGCUGCUGCCACUCCUCUACAAGAGGGGCUACGGUGCCCAGCGAGAGGGGCUGCUCGCGCUGACGCUGGGCUCCGUGCUGCUGCUCGGCCUGCGCCUGCGCUGGAUGUGCGGCGGCCCCCCGAGCUUCUCGGGCUCCGACAACCCAGCGGCUGACUCACCGGACACGCUCACGCGGGCCCUCACCUUCCACUACCUCCCGGCUGCCAACGUGGCACUGCUGCUGUGCCCGGCCACGCUCAGCUUCGACUGGUCCAUGGACGCCGUGCCGCUGGUGCGCUCCCUGCGCGAUCCCCGCAACGUCGCCACCGGCCUCCUCUACCUGGGUCUGGCCGCCUUUCUGUGGUGCAUCCUCUGUGGCCUCAGGCACAGAAAACGUGCAUACAGAGGCGGACAGCCCCUAUUGCACAAGAGCAAAACGAACGGCGUGAGCUGCUCGGAGCAUGGGGACGGCAGUGCCAAUAGCGGUGCACCACCACCACCACCAUCGCCGCCGCCGCCGCCGCCAUCGCCGACCACCGCCGUCGUGAAAAACGGCAGCAGGAAGUCCAACGGCGUCGCAGGGCCCGAGGGCAGGCGGGCACCGCGCCCCCGCUCGGAGCGGACGCUCAACGCGGCCAUCGCGUCGCUGGCGAUGCUGGUGCUGCCCUUCGUGCCGGCCACCAACCUCUUCUUCUACGUGGGCUUCGUGAUGGCCGAGCGGGUGCUCUACAUCCCCAGCAUGGGCUACUGCCUGCUGGUGGCGGCCGGCGCCCGGGCACUGGCGAACGCCGGAGGCGCCGCCUCUGCCGCCGCCACCGCCGCAAUCGCCGCCGGCGCUCCCUCCCCCGGUUCUGGCCGGCGACGGCGCAGGCUGCGGCGCGUGCUGCUCGGCGCCGUGACCGGCGGGCUGUUGGCGGUGCACGCGGCGCGCACCGUGCACCGCAACCGCGACUGGGCGAGCGAGGAGGCCCUCUACCGCGCCGGCAUCGCCACCAACCCCGCCAAAGCCUGGGGGAACCUGGGCAACGUGCUCAAGAGCCAGGGCAAGGUGGCCGAGGCAGAGCACGCCUACCGCAACGCCCUGCACCACCGCGGGAACAUGGCCGACAUGCUCUACAACCUAGGCCUGCUGCUCCAGGAGGAGAACAGACUCAAUGAAGCAUUGUACUACUACAAGCUGGCCAUCGGUGCCCGGCCAACAUUGGCCUCGGCGUACCUCAACACAGGCAUCGUGCUGGUGAGCCAAGGCAAGGCGAGCGAGGCUCAAAUCGUGUUCCGCGCCUGCGCCGACAUCCCCGACGAGCGCCUCAAGGACCCGCAGGCCCACAUGACGUCGGUGGCGAGCUGCCUCUACAACCUGGGCAAGGUGCUGCACGAGCAGGACCUUCACCAGGAAGCAAUUGAGGUUUUCAACGAAGCGCUGAAAAAGAUGCCUCGACAAUUUGGACCGCAGAGCGUGUACAACAUGAUGGGUGAAGCUCACACUCGCCUAGGGCGGCUGGCAGAAGCGGAGCGCUGGUACCAGGAGUCUCUGCUGUCCAAGCCGGAUCACGUGCCUGCUCACCUCACCUAUGCCAAGCUGCUCUCGGCUACGAAUCGAAAAGUGGAGGCGGAGAGGCUCUUCCUGAAAGCCAUAGACCUCGACCCAGCCAAGGCAAACACCUACAUGCACUACGCUCAAUUUCUGGUGGAACAGUCCCGGUUCCUGGAGGCGGCGGGUGUGGCCGAGAAGGCAUCGCAGCAGGACAGCACCGACUUUGAGACCGUCUUCAGCACAGCACACAUGUGCAGGCAAGCAGGACUGAACCACGCCGCAGAGAAGUAUUACCGGCAAGCAGCCCAGCUUCGGCCGAAUCACUCAACAGCGCUCAUGAACCUGGGAGCCAUCCUGCACCUGAACGGGCUGCUGGAGGAGGCUGAGAACCAUUACCUCCGUGCGCUGCAUCUCAAGCCUGACGACAGCAUCACGCACUCGAACCUCCAGAAGCUCCGCAAGAUCAUGGAGAAGCAGGGCCGGCCCGGGGUGGUGCACGGAGGACACAAGUAGCAGGCGCGAGCGGACACCUUGUUGUUGCUCUCCGCUGCAAAACAACUGUGCUGUCAAAUGCAACUGCAAACUGAACAGUGACUUGAUUCAAAGUAGUUUGAGGCACUUUGAUAUGAAUGCAACCUGCAAAUGAAAAUGCGUGCACAGCGAGUGAAGCAGACAAAAUACACAAACCUAAUAGUGAAAAUGAUGAACUGAGAGCAGGCAAAUCUGGAAAAUUUAUAAUUUCAAACCGGUGUGUAAAAAAUAUAGCAUUUCGGCUGAAACGGAGAAAACAUGUUAAUCUUAAAUUAUUUUUAUGGAAAAUGCGGUUCCCUUGAUCCACUUGACAUCAUUACCCAAAGUCGAGCACUGCAUUCAUUACCUUGUUCGAACACAAUGUGUGGUCUGAACUUUCAAGACACAGUAAAGAUAAUAACUCAUCACUCCAUUAUCUAAAGCGAGUGCAUAUUUUAAGCGCGUUUAACACUAGGGAGCCUGCCAAGAGUGUGAUAACAUCGCAAAUCUGUAAUUGUAUUUUAUCCACCAUUGUAUCAUUUAAAAAUCACUCAAACGCACGUCUCCAUCAUGAGCUGAUGUAAUUUUAGUAAUAAAUCGUAAUUUACAAUGAAUAGGCAAAAAUUGAGCUUUUAAGCUAUUUGCUGAAAAAUAUUCAGUUUCUUUCUAUUAAGAAAGUUGGCAGAUAACAACCGAGGUUAAAAGGUCAGAUACAAACCUAUCUGGUACAUAAAUAAAGCAAGAUGCUGGGCCAAUACUUGACAGAUGUUUAGACUCAAAUUACCUGGAGGUAGGGGGUUGAAUUGCUUUCAGCCACUGAUGUAUUUUACAUUCCAAAAGACAGAUAAGCCAUCCAGCAUUUGCCAACCAAUGGCUGCUAAGAAAAAUGUUGCAUUGAACAUUUCCAGAAGAUGAAAAGCCUCAUUUAUUUGCUCUGAAUGACCACAUUCCCUCUCGCAAAUGGGCUCUCGUUGUAUUCUUCUGCAGUGGAGUCUGGGCAUCAAAUUGACCCAGGGAUACUCAAGAUGGGCGCUUAUACCCUUUUAGCAACGUACAGGGUCUGCUAUCAUUGUAUUUCAUCUACACUCUAGCCAUAGCUACCGUGCACAAGGUACUAAUGUUAUUUAGCAUUCGCAUGCCACGUCUGUUUCACUUAAGAGUAACUAUGUGGCUGUAUGAAAUGGAUGUAUUACUUUUCUAUUGUUGCUCUUCAAUGAGUUGAUUUUUCUUUCAACCAACUCACGCAUGUGUGGGCAGCAGUUGGUUCAUCGUUUUGUCCAUAGAGUUGAAUUACUUUGAGUGUGUGGUCUGACUCGAAUGUGUAUGGUCCACAAAUCUCCUUAAUACAGUAUUGCCACGUGAACUAAUUCUGAAAAGGGAAAUUGUAAGGUACUCAAAACAUUUGAUACUAAUGCCAUUAUUGACUUCAUGUAAAGCUAAUAAUUAUCCAAGCGUUGCCUAUGGAGGUGUCUCUGAAAGCGAAACUUAAUUUAAAUUGUCUUUUUUUACUGCGUGCCAUUAUGUUAAUGACACUUAAAGCAUAAUGCUAAAUCCACGUUCCCCACGUGCACAUUUAAAAAUGGUUUUCAAGUCAAUUGUCGCAGCUGUGAUGAUUGUGUGAGGAUAUUAAAUGCUUCACACCGGUAUUGAAGAACAAUUACAAUGAUACCUGCUGGAAACUCCACGUCGAUUGUAAAGGGGUUAAGGGGUCAGAGUUGAUGUAACUUUGUGAUUGCACGUGCAGUCUCAGAUCCCAUUGUGACUUAUAGUGUCAUAACGCAAGCCAUGAAGAGUGGCCGAGCCCUUAAAACCUUAUACAUGAUGCAAUAUAUAAAAACAAGAUAUGAUAACUUCGAUUUCCUUAUUGCGAGAGUGUGGCGCCAUACCAAGUUAAAAUUUCGGUCAGAGGUCAACACAAUUUAUCAUCCUGCAGAGGUGAAUAAGAACUGCUUUUUUGGGGGAAGUCAGCAGUGGAUGCAGUGACCUUUCAAAGGAACUGCCCCCAUCAUAGAAAUGUGGAAUUUCCUCCAAUGGUUCAGGACUGUCAACGUAGAUCAGCACGUCACCAUGUUUGCUUGAGGAGGCAGACAUUUUAACACGUAGGCUUUCGCGACCAUUAUCCAUAAUACAGGUUUUUUUGGGUUAAAUCGCACAAGUAUAUAAAUGUGUCGCUAAAUCCGCCACCACCCGACACAGCCAAUUAGUAAGGUUUGUCACGUAAACAGAACAUGCCAAUUCGUUACGAGCGCCAAUGUGUUUGACAGCAAAGCCACAACAUUUACAAUCUGAGUGCGAUGAUUCGCCAGUAAUUACAACUAGCUUCAUCAGGCAACAGCCAUAUUUGUGGAGAAAUCCUCCAGUUUCGUUCCUUAAAUAGAGUGGUAGAUGUGGUGACAUCGCCUGAUGAAGCUAGUUGUAAUUACUGGCGAAACGUCGUACUUAGAUUGUAAAUGUUGUGGCGUUGCUCUCCAACACACCGUUGUGCUGUACUAGUGACGAAUUGGCCACGUUCUGUUUACGUGACAACCCUUACUAAUUGGCUGUGUCGGGUGGUGGCGGGUUAAACGACACAUUUAUAUAUUGACGAGAUCUAACCCAAAAAUACCUGUAUUAUGGACAAAUAAAUUAAGUUUACCCUGAUUGUAAGUUGUAUUUGAAUCUUGAAAUGUAGGGUGGUUUAAAAAAUAUACGUUUUGUAAAAUGAAUAAAUCCAUUGUACAAGUUUUAAUUGAAGUUAAAACAGAAGAUCCAGGUGAUGGCAUACUGGUUUGAGACAGCUUACAUUAUUUUAGAUCUUGUUACCAUGUCGAGAACUCAGAAUGUGUUCUUGAAAGGUUUUGAAAAUAUCUCAAGCACAGUAGUUUCAAUGUCGUGCAUUGUCUUCAAGUACUCGGAAAUGUUGCUAAAUACUUGGAUGGUUCCAGAUUUUUUGGAAACAUUAGUUUCUUUACACCAUACAAUCCUGCCAACUUCAGAACGCAUUUGUGAUUUUUUAAAGUGUACAAUGUAAAUUUGAAUCCUUUUUGCGACGUAAAUCCCUUCAUAUAUUAAUUGCAAGGAAUGCAUAAGCACAGCAAAAUGCCAUACGAUCAAGUUGUCAGCCAACUUUAUUAACAAUGCCUUCAAAAGAGUAUCGAAAUUAAAGUCAAAUCCAACUUUCAAAUAAUCUUACAUUCAGGACAAUGGCCUCAGAUUGCUACUUUAAUGAUAAUUUAUUUUUUGACAAAAAGCACUUUUUUAUGUUGGGGCAUCUCGGAGUGCUUUAAACACAAUAUCACAUCUCAUCUCAAACAUUUGAAAGGGCACCCCCAGUGGCAGCUGCCCUGGGGGGUUCGAAGAUGUUCAGUACCUAACCUACAAUUGGGCAUUAGUCUGCCAGUGAGCAGCGAUGAUUGCUAUUUGUAAUCCUAAUUUAGUAAUUUGCAGCUAAUAUUCGAAUUUGGCAAAUUUGGACCGUCAAGCCAGCACACAAUGGCCUACUUGUUUUGUAUGACAUCAAUGGAUCUUUGAUGUUCACUGUGAAGCAGACUGCUUAUAUUUUAUGGUUAACACACCCGUAGUAAUAAUCAAGCAGGCAUCAUUUAACAGUGAUGUCACAGGAUUGUGUGCUUCUGAUUCCGUACCAUUUCUCACGAUAAAAAUAACACCGUGGGUGCUCUGAGUCACAUUCAGUGUGAAAGGUGCAGUUUUAGCAAUAAUAGUUUUAACAACGAAGACUCGCAGCUUACAAUUAUGCUUUCACAAAUUACUCUUUGGCCAAAAGACACACUUCUGCCAUUCUAUUCACAUUGUCAAUAAGCCUCACACUCUGGUUGACAACAAACAUUUUGGCUUCAUUGUGCAUUCAAUUAUUUGAAUGUUUCAAUAUCCGAAAUGUCUAUAUUGCAAUCAUGAGUGCACAAUUGUAAGCCAUGGGUGGAUAACGUUGCAAUCAUUAAAAUUGAAUUUUAUUCGAUUCAAUUUUCUUUGAAUAUUAUUUUGAAUAGUCAUAUUUCCUAAACGAAUGGCAUAGUGAAUUUACGAAAGAUAACGAUAAGACACCCAGAUACAACUGUAUUGUAAAUUAUCUUGCAGCAAUGGACAUAAACGUUACUAAAAGCUGGUUUGUACCGGGUAUGUUGUACUCAAGAGUGGCAUCUGAGGUGCACAUGACAGCACACAUUUGAGCUGAACACGUCUCAUAAUCCCGGAGAGAGGAAUUUGCUUGAAUACAAAAAACUUCAUCAAUAAUUCUGGAACUCUCCAACGCGUGCAUUCAUCCAUUGGUAAAUACAAAAAACUCCACACAUCAGGGACAAAGCCAGUGUCAUUGCUGGUACCUAUUCAAACUUCACUUUUCACCUCAGAAUCAAUGCAGCACAAUCUGAACAAAUAGCAAAGCCUGUAAAUUGUUAUUGCGUGCUUCUUAUUCCAAUUACAACUUAAUAAUGCAGGGCUCUCUAUAGAAAAUCUAAGCAUAGUACAUGAAGUGGUCAUCAUAGCCAAAGCGAUGGACACCGUUGCAUCUCUGCUUCUCCCAGAUCUCAAAAUUGUUGCACGGUCGACACCUGACCCGUAACGUCUGCCCUUACCAUGUCUCAAUAUCUGGCUGCUUUAGGUCUUGUCCUUGGUUGUGGGCCUGUCUCGAACUGACCUCGAUCCCACACAGAUGGCACACUCAUUUUAACCUUCUGCACCUGGCUAAGUUUACAGCACCUUUCAGCCUUGUUCUGAUUUGUUAAUCACAAAUUGUUUACCCUAUUCUGCCAUUAAAAAAAGUCCUUGUACAUGGACAGUAUAUUCAAUGGACAGCAACAGCUUCUCUGCUCAUUAUUUUGGGUUUCCAGCUCAGUAAUUAUAAUAACAGAUAUGAUUUAACAUAAUUAUUGUAUAUGUAUAAAUAAGUACAUAUCUGAAAUACUUGCAUUUUCAAAAAUAAUAUUAACAGUUACAAAGGAUAUUUCAGUUUUAAACUAGCCAAACGAAUUAUUAUAUCUUAUGUUUACAGUGAUAUGAACAACAAAGUAUUUGCAAUUUGUUAAUUUCAUUUAAAACAAUGGUUUUAAAUGUUCACUCAUUUUUGUUUUGUCUUGUCUAUAUGUUACCAAUAUAUCAACAAAACUAUAUAAUUGGUGUGGUGGUAUAAACGGUGGACACAGAUUUGGCAUGUUUUGGACUUAUUUUUAAUUCUUUUAUGUUUCUGUCAUAAAGUUUAUGUUCAUUCUGUAUGAUGAAAGCAUGAACAUUGUCGUGAAUGGAGCGUUGUUUUAUGAGUGUGGUACAGUGUCCUAUAAUUUGUUUAGCGAGUGAGUUUUGAGUCAAGUACAUUGGUUGCCACAUUGGUGCAAAGACUUGUGCAAUAUUUUUUUAACUAAGCUAAUUGCCUGUAAUGUAUGGUUAAAAAAAAUGAAAUUUGGCAGCGGUUGGCACAGUUGAUGGUAUCAAUUUAAAAAUGUGUAAUUGAUAUUUCAAGAAUAAAGUUAAAUGCUUUUUAAAUGUGUGGUCUGCGUGACUUCGGUGUUAGUACAGUCUAUCUAGUUGCAAACUUCAAACAAUAAGCACAUCGUGCUUAAUAUAGAAAAGCUACAAAGCCUUGGUU